UUAUACAUACCAUAUAAAAAUGGCUCAGAACUUAAUGGUUUGUCAAUUCUGUGAAACUUCAAAUGAACCAAAAUAUAAAUGUGUAAAUUGUGAUUUAAUUCUGUGUGAGGGAUGUAAAAUUAAAAUUCAUACAAAAAUAAAGAAAACUGAAGUUCACCAGGUACUUGAUCUAAAAGAAUUCAAUAACUUAGGAGCAAGUGAAACUAUUCGUCAUUUAGACCUGAAAGAUAUUCAAUGUUCAAUUCACAAUGCAGAACAAUGCAUUAUUUAUUGUGAGGAUUGUAAGGUGUUGCUUUGUGCAGUUUGUCUUCUAGAAUCCCACCAAACUCAUACUCUAGCAAAAAUCACUGAAGUGUAUCAUAAAAAGGUAAAAGAACUUCAAGAGUUGGAAAACAAGAUUCACCAGGAAUUGCCUUUUUAUGCUGACCUUGAAAAAGAACUGAAACAGACUCAAACUGUGGAAAAUGACCAAUACAAUGAAAUAAAAAAAAGGAUUUUGAAAAAGGAAAGUGAACUUAAAGAAAAUAUCACUAAGCAAAGGGAGAAUCUAAUCACAGAGUUAGACAAGCUGUGGAAGCCAAGGGAAGACGAAAUUUCAAAACAGUUGACAGAUACUGCCGAAAAAUGUGAUGCCCUUGCAAGAAACAAAGCUCAAAUUGAAGAGACUUUCCAAUCCCACAUUGCAGAUGAUAUUUUUACAGCUUCUGGUAAACUGGACAAAGAUUUACCUACAAGACCAGGGAAUACAAUAUCUGAACAAAAAAUAUUAUUUUCAGAAACAAGAUUUAGUCUUGAACAUCAUGAAGAAGUCUUUGGUUCUUUAUUUACCAUUCCUGAGUUUAGAAUCACUGGAUCAUUUAGAUUAGAAAUACAAGACAGCAUCUACAGGAUUCAAACUUUGGGAAAUAAUACUAAUAUAUUGUGUACUUUUAAAAAAUCAACACUCAAAUCCUUUGAACUUAAAGAUUCCAAAUGUAUCACUACAAGUGUAGCAAAUGAUACUGAAGUAGAUAUUAUUGAUAUGACUAAAGCACAGGAUAAUAAAUUAUUUUUCACUGUUUUUAAAUCGGUGCCUUUUAAAUCAUCAGAAGUCAAACACCUAUCAAUUUGUACACCAGACAGUAAAGUAGAAACAUUUACCUCUAUUUCACCACAUGAUGCCCAAGGAAUUCAUGCAACUAACAAUAACAUUCUAAUAGGAUUUAGGGAUGCUGGUCAACUGUUUCCACUAAAAGAGGAAAGUAGAAGAGGAAUACUUGUGUAUGACUAUAUCUGUAGACAUAUGAGAACAUAUGAGUAUGAUACAAACAAUCAGAGAUUAUUUACCUUGCCAGAUGUAAUCACAACCAAUAUAAAUGAGGACAUCUGUGUAAUUGAUAAGACAAACAAUAAACCAUGGGAAGGUAGGGUGGUUGUCCUUGGCAAACAUGGGAACCUAAAAUGGACUUACAAAGGUCAUCCCCGCAUAAAUUCUAAAUAUAAGUUUAAUCCUGCAGACAUAAAGACCACUUCAAAAGGUUUAAUGUUAGUCUCAGACAGGGACAGCAAUGCUGUUCACAUGUUAUCUAUGGAAGGUUGUCUGGUCACUAGUCUGAAUGAAAGUCAUGGUAUUGAGAGACCUGUGGCUCUGAAUAUAGAUCAAUCUGGUCAGCUACAAAUAGGAUGUUAUGAAUAUAAAAGUAGGCAGAGUAAAGUUCUCACUGCUGAUAUUUCAUGA